UGCCAGAAGAAAGCAAGCCAGCAUUGUUGGUCUCCCUGGGAGUGGACAGCAAUAAUUACAAGCACACUAGACUGACAGCCUGGCUGUGUCACCUCAACAAGUCACUUAGCCUAUCGGAGCCUUAGGAAAAGGACUAGAAGAAAAUAGUCAAGGUGACCAUGAAAUAAUGGCACCCGAGCAGUGUGAAGAAGCAGCAAGAGCAACCCCCCCCACCUCGUCCAGUGCCGUCGUCCCCCACUAUCACUAUGCCCAAAAGAAAGGCCAAAGGGGAUGCUAAAGGAGAUAAAGCCAAGGUGAAGGACGAGCCAGAGAGAAGAUCUGCAAGGUUCUCCGCUAAACCUGCUCCUCCAAGGCCAGAGCCCAAGCCUAAAAAGAAGGGAGGGAAGGUACCCAAGGGGAGGAAGGGGAAAGCUGAUGUCAGUAAGGAUGCAAAUAAUCCUGCGGAAAAUGGAGCCUACAAAGCAGAUCAGGCACAGAAAGCUGAAGGUGCUGGGGAUGCCAAGAGACGUGCGUGCAUUUUUGACAACUGUGUGCUUCUGAGGAUGACUCUCUGCUUUGGGACCCUGAAUACAGUAGAGAGCAGGCCCAGGCCCCUGGUCAACCAAUUAAAAGGCAGCAGCAGGAGAUCAGGCACACUGCACAAUGACCCAGCUGCCAAUAAGAUCCCCACACAGCCAGUAUUCUGCCUGCACAAGAAGCACUGCAGGGUCCCACCUGCUGCCCGUGUUCCAAAGAGUCUAGUCCGCAUCUGA